CAGUUAGUUUCCAAGCCAAACACGUUUUCAUUUGUUGGAUGUAUAUGUUGGGUAAUCCUAAAAUGGGUUCAGCUUCUAGUUUUUCCAAGUUUUGUUUGACAUUGCUUCUCCUUGUGGAUGUAUUGGGGAGCACCAAUGCUCAACUUUCAACCAAUUUUUACUCAAAAUCAUGCCCCAACUUGUUAUCAACUGUGAAAUCCACUGUCACCUCUGCUAUUAACAAAGAGGCCCGAAUGGGUGCUUCUCUGCUUCGAUUGUUCUUCCACGACUGCUUUGUCAAUGGUUGUGACGGAUCAGUGCUACUCGACGACACAUCUUCAUUCACCGGAGAGAAAAAUGCUAUCCCGAAUCGUAACUCGGCUCGCGGAUUCGAUGUUGUUGAUAACAUCAAGUCAGCUGUUGAGAAUGUUUGCCCUGGUGUAGUUUCUUGUGCUGAUAUCUUGGCCAUUGCUGCUAGAGACUCUGUUGAAAUUUUGGGAGGUCCCAAAUGGGCUGUCAAAGUUGGAAGAAGAGAUGCAAGAAGUGCUAGCCAGUCUGCGGCUAAUAAUGGCAUUCCUCCACCAACUUCGAACUUGAACCGACUCACUUCCAGGUUCAAUGCUCUUGGACUUUCCACGAGGGACUUGGUUGCUUUAUCUGGGGCACACACAAUUGGACAAGCGAGAUGCACGUCAUUCAGAGCUCGCAUAUACAAUGAGAGCAACAUUGACGCUUCCUUCGCUCAAACAAGGCAAAGAAACUGCCCAAGAACAACAGGCUCAGGGGACAACAACUUGGCACCUCUUGAUAUCCAAACUCCAACAUCUUUUGACAACAACUACUUCAAGAACCUAAUCAGUCAAAGAGGACUUCUCCACUCUGAUCAACAGUUGUUCAAUGGUGGAUCCACGGAUUCCAUCGUUCGCGGUUACGGUAACAGCCCAAGCUCCUUCAAUUCGGACUUUGUUUCUGCCAUGAUCAAGAUGGGAGACAUUAGUCCCCUCACUGGAUCACGUGGGGAGAUCAGGAAGAACUGCAGAAGGGUGAACUAAUUUGUGCAUUUGCCUAUGGAAACUAAACUAUAAGAAAAUAAAAGCAGUGGAAAUUUUGUUUCCUUAAAUGGUUGUUUGUUUGUAUCAGUUAAGAUUAUGAAGUAGUAGGAGUUGUGUGUUUUUGAUGUUUAAUUUCUUCCAAAUUGUUCAAGGGCUUAGGUCAUGUUGCUGAGAAAGUAAUAGCAUUAGAAGUAUUCCUAUUUUUCUCGGUACUA